UCAGCUUGCUCUUGUUGAGAUGAAGAGAUCGCUGUCAUGACAUGGACUGCUGGAUGCUUCUCGUCUCCCUGGGCUCGAGGAUGACAAGGCUGUCGAGGCUGAGUGUCUACGCCGCCGUGUACCUGUGCCUGUGCCUGCUCGCCAACGUCGUCCUCGUCGUGGUCUUCGUCAGGAGUCAGCGCCGGGGCGACUCCUCUCCGGCCGCGGCGCCCAGGGGGGGUCCUGCCAGCUCCUCUCAGGAUUGGGAUUCAAAUAAUGCUAGACUUCUAACUUGCAAAGAAAUACACACCAUAAGAAACUUAACAGUUAUUGGAUCUGGAUGGACAAAAACAGUUUACAGAGGUUUAUAUGGAAAUAGUGCCGUAGCCCUAAAGACUGUGCAUAGUUCUGGUCAUGACAUGGCUAGUUGUCAGGAGGGAACUAGCGUGUGUUAUCAUCGUUGUGCCUCAAAGAUAAUCAAGGAGACAGCACUGCUUCGGGAACUUAAUCAUCCAAAUGUUUUGAAGGUAUUGGGGGAGUGCUUACCGAGUGAAGAUUAUUCUCCAGGACCUCCAGCUGUAGGAAUUGUUGCAGUGAUCACAGAACUAGGUCAUCCUGUGGACAUGAUAGAAAUUUUGCAGAUGGAUUUUGAAAGUCGUUUGAAGCUAGCAUAUGAUGUAGUCAAUAUACUGCAGCAUCUCGUCCACUCUCCCCUCGGCUCUCUAUUGAUGAAGGACUUUCGACGGCAGCAAUUUGUUAUUGUUGGUGACACACUAAAGUUAUCUGAUGUGGAUGACAUAGUUCUUGGAGAUCCUAAGUGCACUCUUGAUAAGGACUGCAUUUUGGAGAUUAGCAGUGGUAAACAUGUUAAAUCAUACUUGCCAUGUAGUGAUGGGAGAUGUAAAGGCUACAAUAGCCUGAGCAAUGCAAUUCAAGCUGGGCAACAUUUCAUGCGUCUGCUGAUCCCCUAUGGAAGUCCAAAAGCUUUAGAAAACACAAGUUCUGAUAUUCUAAACCGUCUCUUAGCUGGAAACUUGUACUCUGAAGAGGUUUAUUCAGAAAUUCAUCGUUUAGUGAAGAAUUACUCUUCCGGAAGUUAUCUUAAAAAUACUGAGAAGGAGAUGAUUAAAGAUUAUAUUGCAUACCCUGGUGAAACAAUAUUGGAAGGGGACUUUUCAUGCCAGAAGACAGCAGCCUGGGGAUGUAUUCAGUCAGUUUCCUCACCUGCAGAAGGUGCCUGGCUCUGCUCGCAAAUCCCAAAGUGUGAAGCAUUUAUCCUCAUUGAUCAGUGGUCUUGGACAGGGCGUCAAAUUGCAGUCUUCAAGUCGUCACAGAGAAAUAUAAAACAAAAUAAGGAGCAUACACUAUAUAUCCGUCGAGGACAGGGCUAACGAUUAAACGUGUUGUGAUCUAUAAUUGUAUAGAUAAGUAAAAAAAAAAGAUGAUAAGUAUUUUUACCUAUAAUGACUUCCUUGGCUUUAAUUAGACAUUGAAAACCUAAUCAUCUUUAUUUAGGUAUGAAAUACCAUUCAAUGAUUCGUUGUGAUUAUUGUGAUGAAUGAGAAUAUGUGAAUUCCAAUAGUCUUACUUUAUAUUAGUGUAAGAAUAGGGUUGUUUUAUAUAGGAUUUUAUAUAUUUUAUACAUUUUUAUAAUUUUAUAUGAAAUAUGAGCUAUAUAUCCAAAUUUAUGAUUUCUGAUAAGUUCAAGUUACUAGUGAAACUGUAACCAGUGCCAUAUCAGAAGUGUAGUAUAUUAGUUUAUAUUUUCCUUAGUGGAGAUUUUUUUUGUUUUUAUGCCACGCAUUUUACUUUGAUUAAAUAAUUAUUGAGAUGUAGAUAGAAAACUUAAUAAUGAUAUGUUUUUCAGUAAAAGCAUUAUUUGAGUUUUUGACUUUGUGUUUCACAAGGCAACUAAUGAUGAAAUUGAUAAAGAGGAACCAUGCAUAUAGCAUGUCAGAUCAACCUCUGCCUUUUUAUAUAUGAUAUAUAUGAUUUAUUAUUUUUGAAAGAGGAUUAUUGCCUUCUAGUCAAAACCAAAGUAAAUAUUAUAUUAUGUCAGCCAUCAAAUGGAAUAGCACAAUACUUGUCAUGAAAGUCUUUUGUUACAGAAAAGACUGUGAUUUUUAGGUUAGUGUUUAUUAAUAAGUCAUAUUAAUAAGAAUCUAACUGUAAUAAAAGUAUGAAAUAUUGA